AAAUCUCGCUCGCGUUGUCGAAGUUCAGAGGUCGGGUAAAGCCAAGCUCGUGUUUUCAGUUGAGUCCCUCAGCAUAAGCAAUGGCUUCCUUAAGUUGGUUAACGUGCAGGCGGUUUGCUCAGGUCGCGCGGCGGCCGGUGCUGCAGUAUUUGAGGGCUGCAGCGCGUGCACUUCACCGGGGGAGCGCGCGACGCGCGGCGGAGAAAACCCCGCUGAACAAAUCACGAGCGCUGGAGCAACAGUACAUCACUGAACUAGAUAAAGCUGAUGCGCUGAUGCUGCGGAAGUCUCAUGAAACAGGGUUUUUGUCCUGGUUCCGGAACGGUCUGCUAUCCACAGGAAUCGGCGUUAUUGCGUUUGCGCAGAGUGAUGUGGGCCGAGAGGCUGGAUAUGUGUUCUUCAUCCUGGGCGGGGUGUGCGUGUCGUUCGGCGGAGCGUCGUACGUGACCAGUCUCUUGACUCUGAGGAGGAUCAUGCUCCUCUCGCGGGUGACCGUGCUGCUCCACGCGGGCCUGGUGUCCGCCGCCGCCCUCUUCUGGCUGUGCGCCGUAUCGCUCUACAUCGGCCGCCUGGAGCUGGAGAUCAUUCAUGAGGAGGAUGAGGAAGAGCACGGGGGAGAUGAAGGCGGGGAGUGCACAGAGUGCAGGUCUCGACGCGAGAGACGCGCCGCUGAAGAACAAGGCCAAGACAAGUGAGAUGAGAGGAGACUUUGAGUUAAAAUGGCCUUUUCACUGACCCAGAGAUCUGUGUUCACGAGCUGUUUAAAGAGGGAAGGUGAAGCUGGGCUCAGGUCAACAUAACUGUGCACUACUCUAGUACUUGAUUCAUCAGGUUGAGUGAGUUUUUGUUUCUAAUACUCCUGAACAUCAGCUGUAACUUCACAUUGGUCCUAGUAUAUGAUAGUAAUAUUUUCUUGUUGGACCCGGGGUUGUGGUGCUGGAACAUGAAAGUUAAUGUUUAAACUAGCACUUAUCAGGCAACCAGUUAAUUAUACAGCUGUUAUAAAUGGUCAUGUUCACUUUUAUCUAGUGACGUGAUACAGAAAUGUUUUUUUUUUUUUUUUUUUUGGUAAAUCGCUUUACAAUAAGGUUUGAUUUU